ACAUCAGUUAGAACCUCUCACACCUUUGGAUCUCUCCUGAAACCAGGGUCGUCACACCUUGCAUCAAAGCAUCUUUAAAACAAAACCAACAACCUCAUCAAAACACUGAGAUGGGAAAGAUCCUGUUUGUGCUCGUUGGUUGCCUGGCAUCUUUGAUCCUCGUGGACUCUCUGGUGUGCAACAAAUGUACAUUUGGAGUGCUGGGCAUCUGUCUCAACAAGGCCAAUGAGACAUGUUCAGGCACCAGCAGUGUGUGCUUCACCGGAAAAGCCACAUUCCCAUCCCUCACUUCCUUCAGCGGCUUCAACAGUCAGGGUUGCCAGGCUAACGCCACAGGCUGCAACGUGACCGCCACCGCCACCCUGCUCGGUGUCCAGUACCAGACCGAAAUCCAGUGCUGCUCCACAGACAACUGCAACCCAGUGACCCUCAGCGGUGCCCCAUCAACCAAGAUGACCCUCAGCGCCACCAUCGGUGCAGCCGUCCUUGCCUCCGUUUGGGGAAGCAUGAUGCAUUAAAAUCCCUAAAACAGCCGUCAUAUAGCCUCUGCUGAAAUCCAUUUCAACUAGAAAUGGUUGAAUUACCAAUAAUCAAAAGCUGCUCAAGGCAAAGAUAUACACUUAUUUAAAUGCUCAGCAUGUCAGGGAUAACACUGAUAUGAAACUCAGGUGUCAGAAUCAUGGAAGUUGAUCAAUGGGAUGUUUCAGGGAAACAUUGAGCUCGUAAUUCUUCUGUGCCGAUUUGCUUCAUUGUUAAUUUCUUUGAAGACAAAAUAGUAAUUGUGUUUGUAAUUUGUUUGUUUGUUAACAAAAAGUGACACGGGAAUAAAAAUGAUAUUUCAAAAAAGUAUCUGAAAAAUGCUUUUAAAUGUUUUUUCUCUAUGGACCUGCACAUGAGAUAGACAAAAUAAAACAAUGCUUUAAGAAAAAAAUAUGUGCCUUUUGUGAAUGAUCAGUAAAA